AAUUGCAAUUACGGGUUUGCGCCCGGACCACCUAAUGCCACUUCCUAAACUGCUAAACUAGACUAAAAAUAUUCACCCCACCAAAAUUUCUACGCCUAGGAAAUCUUCAAUUCAACUUACCUAAUACAUGUGAAAUUAAUUACCACUACCACAGCUGCUGGAUUCUUCAAGACGUAACAGUCCUUAUCGAAUUUGCCAUCGAAAGAAUCGCUGCCUAUCAUGGGUGUCACCAACAAGCGUACGCUGUCCAAGACCCGUCGCAAGACGAGGGACCUCGAUCAGAUCAAAGCCGACCUCCUCUCGCCAAAACAUCUUGCCCAAUUCAAGAACUUAAAGGCGCCAGAAGAUCUACCUGCCCUAGGCAAAUGGUACUGCACAGAGUGCGCCAAGUGGUACGAUACUGAAGACAACCUUGUUGUACACAGGAAAGGAAAGCCUCAUAAGAGAAGAGUCAAGCAGCUUCGCGAGGAGCCAUAUACUCAGAAGGAGGCCGAGGCGGCUAUUGGUCUCAGAACCGAUAAUCAAAGCCCCUACCGAACCGAGAGCGCCGCCGAUAACGAGAUUACCAUGUCAACGUGAACGGUUCAAUCUCGCCGCGCAAACUUCUCAAAACAGGCAUCUAUGGCGUUUCGGGCAUACUCGCGAGUGUCAUCAAUAGAGCACAGGGCCAAUAAUCAAAUCUCGAGGGUUUGAUAAGUCAUCGACUUCGCUCAUUUCAAGCCACGAGCUCUCGGUUUAACGAGACCACUUGUGCGACCUCGUCCCGU